AUAGCUCUUAUAUAAGGUAAAUGCAUCACUGUAUAAAUGAAGUAUGCAGUCACUCUACUCUGAAAGGGGUUCUUUGGCAGGUCUGACAUGAUGAAUGUGUUGGCUUUUCCUGAGCUUUUAUGUUAAUUCGAAAAUAAAGCAUAAAAGAAAGAUAACCCCAAGUCAUUCUGGGCCAAAAUCUGUGGCAGAGGGCACUUAGAUCUCAAGCAGCACAGACUGAAUAAGCAGGAACACAUGCUGCCAGGAUAAUGGACUCCAAAGUAGGGCUCAUGCUGCCAGGGGCCAGCUAGUAUGACUGCAUAGCCACACAGGCUACACAGAUUGAACAGAGGCAAGGAAAGUAAUGUGGCGCUGUUGGAUUUAACGCAGUCCCACUGAGAGGUUGCGUAGAUUCCUGGCUGCUGACACACCUUGAGUUUUUGGGGCGUCAUGCAUCACCCCGUUGUUAUAGUAAUUAUGCUGUGAGGGCUCUCGUCCCAACAGGGACCUGCUCUGUCCUCAGAACAUCUCGGCUCACUAGUCAGUUCUCAGUGGGAUCACGCCUCAGGCUGUAGCGGAUGCUGAGGUCCUAUUAGAAUGAAAUGCAAAAAAAAGCUUAAUGUUGUGGAGCAUUCAAAUAGAAACCUGUAGCGUAGCCAUCACCUGUAGUGUUGAGCCUAUCUGCUCACCAGUGGAUAUAAUGUCACAGCGACCAUAUGUCUCAGAUUAGGAAGAGAGCCCCCUGAAGUGUGAAAGAAGCCAAAUAUGCUAAAAGCCAAAUGCUGUUGACUCUUUCUGAAUUGUGAAGGUCAAGAAAGUGGAAAAAAUGAUGUUACUCAUCUCAAUUAAGCUCUUUUACCAGUCCUAACAUCCAUAUAUUCUUAAAAGCAAUUGGUUCGUAAAAGAAUGCUUAGGACAGGUUAGAAACUGCUCAUAAAUUACAUUCUUUGGCUAAUAGUGUACAUGGCCAGUGUGUUUACACUGAUUUGACUGCUCUAGUAUAUUUUAUGGGCGUCUUUUCCCUUUGGCGUACCAUUGGCGUAUCAUCUGGCUUUCCUUGAGUUUGUGGAGCAACAUGAUGUCAGAAUGAUUAUGCGUCUUAACUGGGAUCUACUCAAAACAUCUUCAUUGAGAAAUUAGUCAGAUCAGACAUAGCUGAUACACGUGGCUAUGAUUUCACAACAAAAAGAGCACUUUUACACUUCUCUGGGUUUUUUCUGGACCAGAGAACUCUUGCACAAAGACUUUUGUUGAGUGUGAAAGCUGUUCUUGAACCCAGGUGUGGUCUGGGGUUCACUUACUGGAGUUUGGUUCGUACCAUGUGUGAAAGUGAUCCAGUACCAGGGCUUGUCGUUGAAUAAUAUGAUGGUUCAACUUGUUUUUUCACUUCCUGUUCCAAGUUUGCUUGUGGCACAGAAGAAACAAUGCAUUCUAUGCAUAUGCAUUCAGAAUGCAAAUAUAUGGAGCAAAGAAGGUUUUCGAACACAAACGAGCAACUGAAAUAAAUUACAUUUUAUUUUAAUUCUAUAAACUGAUGUGAUGAUACAACAAAAGUAAGGAGUUUUUACACUUUUUCUUGGUAUGUUUAGUCAAGUAUGAAAGCUUUUUUAAACCCGGGAGAAGUCAAGAAAUCUCUCUGGCAUCCCAUGCACCAACCCCCAUCUUCUGCUGUUAGAAUCCAAUCUCCAAGAAUCCAAUCUUCCUCCUCCAUCUCAUGUGGCUUCAGUGCCAGUUUGAGGAGCAGGACCAGACAGAGCCUGUGUGCUUGUGUGAGGAGACACAGAGCAGAGGCGGCAGAAAGCAGCAGCAGUGGGAGGGUGUAUGUGUGUGCGCGCUCGCUCGGCUCGGCUCCACUGCUGCAGUCGGGCAUCAAUUUCAUAUAGGCACUGUGCAGAGAGUUCUCGCUAGCAUCAGAUCCUCAGCCCUGCUCUCCUCUCCUAUCGUCUCUUCUCGUCUCCUCUCCUCCUGUCUCCUGCUGCUGGUCAUGGAGGACAGCUCUCAGCCUGCAGCUCUGUCUGCCUCUGAGCCAUGGAGGCGAGGCAGAGGCUGUGUGUAGAGGCAUGUCGGCAUCUGAUUCUAGUGCAGCGCUUCUCAGCGCCAAGGGUUCGGCUGAUUCCUACACGAGUAGACCCUCGGACUCCGACCUGUCCCUGGAGGAGGAUAAGGAGGCGUCUCGGCGAGAAGCCGAGCGCCAGGCCGUGCUGCAGCUCGAGAGAGCCAAGUCCAAACCUGUGGCUUUUGCAGUGAAAACUAACGUGAGCUACUGUGGAGCUCUCGAUGAGGACUGUCCUGUGCAGGGCGCCGCCAUCAACUUUGAAGCCAAAGACUUUCUCCACAUCAAAGAGAAGUACAAUAAUGACUGGUGGAUCGGACGGCUGGUAAAGGAGGGGGCUGACAUCAGCUUCAUCCCGAGUCCAGCUAAACUGGAGGCCAUGCGUCUCAAACAGGAGCUGAAAGCUGCCCAGAGGAAGGCAGGAGGGAAUGCACAGUCAGGAGGCUGGAGGUCAACUCCUCCUUCAUCUGCCAAACAGAAGCAAAAGCAGACAGAGCACGUUCCACCAUAUGAUGUCGUACCCUCCAUGAGGCCGGUUGUGCUGGUUGGACCCUCGCUGAAAGGCUACGAGGUGACCGAUAUGAUGCAGAAAGCACUGUUUGACUUCCUAAAGCACAGGUUUGAUGGAAGAAUCUCUAUCACACGUGUGACUGCGGAUCUAUCUCUGGCCAAAAGGUCUGUGCUCAAUAAGAAAGCCAUUGUGGAGAGAUCCAACACACGCUCCAGCUUAGCCGAGGUCCAGAGUGAGAUAGAGAGGAUAUUUGAGCUGGCAAAGUCCUUGCAGUUGGUGGUACUGGAUGCAGACACCAUUAACCACCCAGCACAACUGUCAAAGACGUCCCUCGCUCCCAUCAUCGUGUAUGUCAAAGUGUCGUCGCCAAAGGUUCUCCAAAGACUUAUCAAGUCCAGGGGAAAGUCUCAAAGCAAGCACCUAAAUGUACAGAUGAUGGCAGGAGAUAAACUCGCCCAGUGUCCACCAGAAAUGUUUGAUGUCAUCCUGGAUGAGAAUCAGCUGGAGGAUGCGUGUGAACACUUGGCCGAGUACCUGGACAUCUACUGGCGUGCAACUCAUCUGCCAGGCUCCGCCCCUGCAAACCCCCUAUUGGAGCAAAAGGUGGUAACCCCACCCUCAGGCAACUCCAGCCAACAGUUCUCUGAGACACAGGAAUUGAUUGAAUGAGUGCUGUCAAAGCUCUGGCUUACAGUACAUGUGGUGGAAAGUUCCAGAGCCUCCCUCAGUCCGUCUCUCAGAGGUCAGCCCCUCUCGGCCCCUGAAUGGAGCAGCUGCCCCCUGAGGCGGAGGAGGAUGGAGAGAUGAGGGUAUAUUAGGAAGAGGACGAACUCCACCAUACCAGGCACCGAGGAGGCACCACGUCGAUCUGCACCUAGCACAGCCGUGUGUGCCCUGUCUCCACGUCUCAGGACCGCUCCACUGCAGCACAACUUACACACACAGACGCAACACAAUACCUGGCAGCACACACUUGAGAGCCCUAUUCGGAUAGGAUUAAUUCUACAUGGGCCGUUGAUUCUUCACAGGUGCUACUCAGUGAUCUUAUUUUUGUCCAGAUUGGCAGUGUUGGUGUAUUUCUCUGUCCUCCCCUGAGAAAAUUCCAGCCCAAAAUACCUACUGGUCUGAUCAUUUUAGUGCUGCCCAAAGAGACAUUUCUACAAUUUCAUCUUUUGUGUUUUUUUUUUCAAUCACUUGUACAUGCUUCUACAUGUGUUUAGUCUUCUAUGCACAGACACACUUCCUGCAGUUUCAAUUAGUGGAUAGUUUGGGAGAGGUUCACCAAAAAAGGUCUUUCAACCAUCAUUGGUUGCCCAUUAGACAGUAAAAGAAAGUCAAUCAGUGUGUAACGAUACAGACUGAUUCAACUGCAUAUCAUAAUGAAAGAUAUAAAGCUUCAUUUUAUUUUCAUGCCACAAUAUCAUGACUGUAGUUUAUAUAAAUAACUCCACUUUAUAACUAUUGGUAAGCAAAACUCCUCUACUGCCCAAGGUCCUUGGUCCCCUUCUUUUCACCAUAUAUAUAUAUAUGCAUCCCUUGGCCAGAUCAUUCACAGACAUGGUCUUAACUUUCAUAGUUACACAGACAACACUCUCAGAGAUUUAUCUCAGUACAAGUCCACUACUGGUCUUCUUCCCACCUCUUUAACUGAAUGUAUUCAUGAUUACAUGAUAUAAAAUCAUGGAUGGACAAUUAGACCCUGGCAAGACUGAAAUCUUACUUGUCACCCCUAAAACACUUAUCUCUAAAACUGCAGAAUUCUCAUUUGACAUUGAUGGAGUCACUGUUAAACCUUUUACAAAUAUAGAUAUUAUAUUUUGAAACACAUAAGGUCACUAACAAAAGUCCUGCUUCUCUGUUACAAAGCACUACGUGACCUCGCCCUGCCUUAUCUGUCUGAGCUGCUACAGCCCUAUACCCCUGCCCAGACUCUCAGGUCCACCAAUACUGGUUUGCUAGUAGUGCCCAAGACCAGACUGACAUCAAUGGAAGGUAGAUUGUUUAGUGCUGUAGCCCCCAAAUUACGGAAUGCCGUCCCCCAGGACCUUCAUGAAUGCACUUUCUUCCCUCAUUUUAAACAUUUGCUUAAAUAAUUUCUUUCUUCCCCAAUACUUUUCCCUUCUUUCACCCUAAUAGGAAUUUCUUUCUUCUUUUCUUUUUUCUUUCGACCUUGAGUGUAAGAAAGACACUAUAUUAAAUGGAAAGCAUUAUUAUUA